AUGGAUUCUACAUCGGAAAGUGAAUCUGAUUAUGAGUUCCAAACAGAUGAUGAGUCUGAAACUGACGACGGAGAAAUUCCAUUCAUUGAGAGAUUAUGGACAAAUGUACGGUAUGUCGAAAACUUUGAGUACCCACAUGAAAUUAAUUCUUUCUGUCGCCGUUUGGGUCCAGUAAGCCCCCCGAGGGUUGAUGCCUUACCUCUUGAGUAUUUUCACAAGUUAACCUUUCCAGAAGAAGGGAGAAAUUUAAUUGAAAUUUUGGUGGAAGAAACAAAUAGACAUGCGGAUCAGUUUUUAUCUAAUCCUCAAUAUAGUCCUAUGCCAUACUCAAGAUGUCUUCAGUGGUCUGAAACAAAUGUUGAUGAAAUGUCUGCCUACUUAGGUUUAUACCUGUCAAUGGGUAUUUUGCGGAAACCCAGUAUAGAGGCAUACUGGCAGGAUUCAGAACAAUCCUUUCUUUUCCGUACACCUGGAUUUCCCGAAAUCAUGACGCGAGACAGGUUUCAAAUAUUGUCAAAGUUUCUUCACUGCAAUGAUAAUUCAAAGCAAGUACCACGUGGAAAUGACAAUUAUGAUCCAUCACACAAGUUUAGACCUAUUUUGGAUCUUCUCAACAAAACAUUUCCAAACGCAUAUGACUUAGCCCGAGAUCUAACCAUUGAUGAGAGUAUGGUUGGAUUUAAGGGUAGAAACGACAUUGUACAGUAUGUGCCGGCUAAAAAGUCUCAUCAGUGGGGAGCAAAGUUGUUUGCGCUGGCAGAAUCGGACACAGGCUACAAUGCCGCAAUUCAAUUAUAUGCAGGUAGACAAGAGGGUGUCGCUCGCAGUCCCCACGGUGUUGGGUACGAUGUGGUGAUGCAGUUGAUCCAUCCCUAUCUGUACAGAUAUCACCAUCUAGUCUGUGACAACUACUUCUCCAGCCCAGCUCUUUGUUCUGCUCUCUUUGAGGCAAACACUUACAUGACGGGCACUGUAAGGGUGUGUAGGAAGGGAAUGCCAAGGUCGUUAAAGGGCUUAAAACUACAGCGAGGAGAGAUUGUUGUAAAGCAAAGUGGGCUUAUUAUGGCACUUUGUUACGGAGACAGAAAAACCGUAACAUUUAUGUCUACGCUAUCUAAACCCAAGUAAUUUUACUA